GUGGAACAUUAAUGUCGUAUGAGGUCCUUUUCAAUGAAGAGUCAAUUCAGAAAUGAAUGCACGCGUUGAAACUGAAAACUCAUGUAAAUCACUAGCAUACGGAAAAAUCGGUGUUUGCUUAUUGUUCUUGAAACUGUGCGUUUCGGAUAAUGGUAGUGCCUGGAAGCGCCCCGGUCAUACAGCAGGAUCAUGCUCUGGAGCCUGACUUAGGACGAGACUCAACGGAGAACUCUGCCAUGGGCCCUGACACAGAGCCGGCGUCCGAGGAGGUUGGCCCAGGGCUAGAGGAGGUGCGAAAGCUGCGGGAGCUAGUGAGGAGACUGGAGAUGGAGAAUCAGCACCCGAGAACGAAGAGUAGCAGGAGCAUGCUUGGGACAAACAGGCAGAGUGAGAUCCAUGCUGGUGUGGAUAAGCAUGACUCUGGUCUUAACGGGAUGGAAAUUAAUAAUAGCAUCAAUGCGAUAACUGAGAAGCAAGAAUUGCAAAUCAUGGCAGAUCUGCACAACCAAUUAAGCAAAAUAAGGAAAGAGGAAGGAGAGAACAACUGCUUGAAAAAAGACAUAGAUGCCCAAAUGCAAUAUAGCUGCAACACUGCCACUGAGGAAUUGUCUUCCAACAUGUGUAAGGCGGAAAUGAAGACCGAUGAUAACGUUAGAUGUUGUUCACGUAUGGAUACAAGUAGUAGCACCGAGCUUAUGGGAAACUUGGUCAUUGCAGGUAUUGAUUCCUCAGUUAAAAUAAAUGGACAAAAUCCCAAUGAAAAAUGUGGAGAUCUAGAAAGUCUUUCGAAUAACACAGAUCUGGAUGAAGUGAAAGUGUUAGAACUUGAAAAUUGCAAUGAAGAAGAUGAUAGCUGGCUCUAUGUGUCCCCGAGAAAAUCUACUACAGAUCAGAAAACGGAUUCACCUUUAAAAUGGUGCCGACAGGUAUUGGAUAAUCCCAGUCCCGAGACAGAAGCAGCCUGCCGAACUCUUAUAAACAGACUUGAUCAAGCCAGUAGAUGGAAAAACCUGUAUUGCAGUCCAUUGGCAUCACCAAGCGCACAUAAUUUGAAUACAGAGACAGGCUCCUGUAGCAAUGCACUAAACUCUCCCGGGCAUCUCAAAUCGACUAACAAAGCACUACUAACCUGUGGCAGCUCAGGUUAUUUGAGCAUGCAUUCUGCACUGAGCUCUCAGUCGUCUGUGGACAGUGAGCUGAGCACAUCUGAUGACUCCAUCUCUAUGGGAUAUAAACUGCAGGACUUGACUGAUGUCCAGGUUAUGGCACGCCUUCAGGAAGAAAGCCUCCGUCAGGAUUGUGCCUCCAGCUCUGCUUCUGUAUCACGUCGCAGUUCCAGUGCCUCCCUUCACUCCCUGCGAAGAGGUACCUACAGUGACCAGGAGUUCGACACGUACAGCCUUGAGGAUGAGGAUGACUAUGAUUGUUCCCUGUCGUACCGUAGCGCUCACAGAUACUCCCCGUCUCCGCUCAGUUCACCCCGAUGUCAGUCCCCUUCUUCCAGUGCAGAUUACGGCAGGUCAUCUACUUCCCGUAUCCGUCCCCCAAGGAGAUCGGUGCAAAGUCCGAUGCAAGACCGGCUCAAGUAUGCAAACAGCGAAGAGGAGAUGCGCCACAGCAUGCCCAACCUGGCCAGGACGAGCCUUCGAGCUUUGGAGUCCGUAAGGAGCAGUCGGAGCUUGGAGUCGGAUCUGCAGGUGCCAAGCAGUCGAAUUCCAAGAACUCAGCAACGGUCAGCAGGUCUGGCUCCCAGUAAGCUCAGGUAUUCCUCCAGUGCUGGGCAGUCUCCCUUAACAGUGCGACAACCCAUGAAAGCAGGGUCAUGCACAAACUCUCUGUUAACACCCAGGCAGCCAGUAAAAGCCUGCAGUUACGCAAGUCCUGUUAGCGGCGUUCGAAAACCACCGGCAUCUUCGCUUAGUACAGGCUCUUCCAGUAGCAGUUGCACUACCAGAAGCAGUAAUAUGGUCACUGUGGCAAAAAAUUCACCCCUGAAAGCACGCACAUCUGUUGGAGGAAUCUCGGUGCCCAAGAGCAAGCCAACACCACCAUCCAAGAGAUUUCUUCAGUCAGCGCAGACCACUCAGGCCCCCGAGGACGAUUCCUGGAAGGACGGCUGUUACUGACAGCCCGAGAUGCUGAGGCACUGCCAAACACCGCUGCGAAGCCGACCCCCAGCUGGCUGGGCGUAAGAACAUUAUUUGAAAACGAGACCCAUCAGGCUGCAGGCUGAUGUGUAUAGCUCCUCUCCUCCCGAACGUAAACUGUCCUCACCUUCUGCUAUUCUGCCAAGAGCCUGACCUCUCAGUGGCGGAACAGACAACUGCUUUACUGCGUUUCCACUGUUCAGAACGUUACUGAAACACGAGUCUUCACGUGAAGACUGCAAAUAGCCUUAUUUCAUACAAACCUCUACUUGCAGCCCUUCGGAAGGUUUGUCACAAAAAAAACUUCUCCUGUGACCUGCUCCUGAGGACGCUUGCUUAAAAAGGCUGCUGGUUGUCCUGUUUGUGCCGGAAAGCAGCUUUGAGCUGUUGCUAUGGCGUGUGGCAUAGCAGCGGCUUGGGGAGACUAGAAAUAGCUGUAUGGAUGUUAGAAGUAAGACUUUUAAAACUGAACCUGAUGUACCCUAAUACUUGUCUGAAAUGCAACUGUUUGGGUUUGUUUGGUUUUUUUUUUACUUCUGUAUAGAAUGUAUUUCUGCUACUUUUUAUUGUUUGUUCUAGAAGAUGAAGCAGGUUUUUAUAACUGUAGUACACUUCAAGCUGUCGUAUUCAAGUGUGUGCAUCGCGGUUCACAAGUGAAGGAGCAGUACACAAUAUUUGUGUGGGUUUGUGAACAGGCAGCUGCAGGGACAGGGGAUGCUCUCUAAAACCAGCUGUUUGUCAGCAUCUUCAUCUCUCCGAUGAGGAAGUUAACAAACACCGGUUAAAAGCAAACUUUUUAAAAAUACCCCCCCUGACUGAUUUGACUUGAAGUGUUUCCCUUUGACCUCUUUCAGCUAGCCCCGAACUGCCCUGAUUUUUGUAGAAGAGUUUUCUACUGUCUCUUUGGCUAUGAAGGAUUCUGUUUCAGUGUCCUUUUCCUCAGCAAGUGCUGGAUGCUAUGAAUACAGUCUUAGUACAGAAGAAUAUGCACUGAUAGCAAUGUUCUCCCUGCCAUCAAUGUGAUUUUGAUAGUGUAGUUUAAUAAAAUGUUAUGGUGCUGAAAUAGAUCUGCUUUAUUCAAACAGUGAACCUGACUUUGGAGUGGUUUUUGUGUGAGGAGUGAGGCUUUUCAUGACAGGCCCAGCCAUGCAGAAGUACAGACUUCUGUACUGCAGCUCUUAAAGCUCUGCAUAGGCAAACAGCUCUCCAGAGGAAGUCUCAUAUGACACAAGUAUUGAUAUUUACCUUUCAUCUCCUUGGAUUUCAUGGGGCAGGUGUUGGCAAAGGAAGAGUUAAUUCACAGCACUUGGUUCGUGUCUUUCCUAGGAGAACAACAUCCACAAGUGGCCGAAGCAGGACAAAAUACAGGAAACACCACUUGCAAA